AUGGAACGUCCAUUAUGGGUACGCUGGUUGAGAGUAUGGGCCGUUGGUGGUGCUAUCAUUGGCUCGGGUCUCUUAUUAUUUAAGUAUACUACCCCUACAGAUGAAGAAUUAAUUAAUGCAUUAUCUCCUGAAUUAAGAGAACAAUAUGAAAAACAAAAAGUAUUACGUAGAGAAGAACAAAGACAGUUGAUGGAUUUAGUGAAGAAAACUUCUCAGAGUAAUGAUCCUAUUUGGAAAACUGGUCCUUUUAAUGCUCCAUGGGAAGGAAAACAAAAUACUGAAGAAGUCUUUAAUAAAAUUCAACGAAAUGAAGCUGAAACAAGACAAAGAGAGGACCUUCAAAGAGUUAUGGCUGAGUUAGAUAUGUUGAGGCAAAAGAGCGAAUUAAGGACGCAAGAGAUUGUCAAUGAAAAGAAAAAACAUUGGUGGAAAAUAUGGUAA